GGUGGGGGUGUGCUUGUGGCGCUCUCCCGGCCUGCUGCGACUCAAAGAACCACUCGUUCUUCCGUCUCUGUCGUAGCGUCACGUCUCGUUUUAGCAUCAUGGCAGACAUCUCGAAGGAAGAUCUUCGCAAAGAAAUCGCCGCCAUCUUGAAGAACGCCGAUCUCUCAUCGACAUCUGCCAAAAAAGUUCGACAAGAACUAGAGCAGAAACUCGACGCCGAUUUGCAAUCGCGUAAAAAGGAAAUUGACGAUUUGGUCAUGGAGUUCGUAAGCUCCAAGGACAAGAAGAAGAAGAAGGGCGACUCCGAGGACGACGAAGAGCUCGAAGACGAGGAGGAGGAGGAAGAAGAGGAGGAGGAAGACUCCGAAGAUGACAAAAAGAAGAAACGUUCCUCCACUGGGAAAAAGCCAGCUGCGAAAAAAGCCAAGAAGGCUUCUGACGACUCGGCUAGCGCCAGCGAACCAUCCGAAGGUGAUUCCGAGGAAGAAUAUUCCCCAAAGAAGUCGUCCAAACCAAUCAAGACUCGCAAACUCCCUCCUAAGAAGAAGAAGGGUUCAGAAUCUGAUUCUGAUGAAGACUGGGGCAAGAAAAACAAAGGCGGCAAAAAAGGAGGCGGCGGUAAGAGAGGAGGCAGCGGGUACACGAAGACUAUGACUUUGUCCCCCGAAUUGGCCGCACUUGUCGGCCAGGACUCGAUGGCUCGCCAUGAAGUCGUUAAACGAGUAUGGGCCAUAAUUAAAGAACGCGAUCUGUACGAUCCAAAGAACAAACAGUAUGCCAUUUGCGACGACGCAUUAUUUAAAGUAAUCGGUGUUAAACGUUUCCGUACUUUUGGUAUGAUGAAAUUCUUGAAGAACCAUUUUAUCAGUUAAGCUGUAUCUUUCCUCAUCUUAUAAAACUUUCUAGCGCCUUCUUUUCCGACUUUGCAAUAUUUUUCAAAAAGAUUAUAAACGAAAUAGUUUGUUUUGUAGUUGAAUGUUUGUAAUUCGCGCUAGGUGGUAACAAUUCAUGUUAAAUAGACACAUUUCCCCUAAAAUACCCAUAUUAUAAAGGAGUUAUUUUUAUGUUCCCUUUUUGUAUUGUAAUCUUAUUUUUGAACUGAUCUUAGAUUUAAGUACAUUUACAACUUUGGUAAUUUAAGUUUAGGUUACAACUAAGUUUCAUUUUUGUAUGGAAACACUAUAGUAGUGCGUAUGUGAUUUGUGCACUGUAAAUGUCUGUCUAAAUUAUGAUCGUGCAUACGACUUUCAUUUCUAUUCAAUAAAACUUAAACAUCCUUCAA